AUGCACGCGCUGCACCACCUGCGAUCCAUCUCGGCCACUUUCUAUCGCGGCGGUGCGUCUCGCAGUGCGGCAACGGUGGCAUAUAUGCUAUGCUAUGCUCCGCUCACACCCCACCUCUUGUCCUUCUCAACGCUACGUAUCCUUGUACGCUGCUUUGCUCGCCGUCUGCGAUGGCAUGUCAUGAUGGCGCACGCAGGUACGAGCAAGGGCUUGAUCUUUUCGCCCAGCUCCUUGGCUCGCUUUGAUGCGCCUACGCGCGAUCGCAUCAUAUGCGCCGCUAGUGAGUCAUUUCCCGCAUCGCAUCUCAGGAAGCGCAGACUCAUACACAUGCUUGCUCCCCUCUGACCACGCGCAGUGGGUGAGCACAUGUCUCCCUUGGCGUUGCAUCGCGGCCGCGGCCCCGCUCGCUCGCUCGCUCACCCUCUCUCUCUCUCUCUCUCGCGCGCUGACAUGCCCAAGUUCAGGCUCGCCCGACCCGGAUAUGCGUCAAAUCUCCGGCUUGGGAGGCGGCGCUUCUUCCCUCUCCAAGUGCGCCAUAGUCAGUGCUCCAGCCGACGAUUGGAGCAAGCUGGCGCGCAUAGCAGGCCAUCCCUUUCCAGGCGUAGCAUGGAGCGAGAAUUUCGAGAGGUCCAUGCAUGCAGAUCAAGGUUGGGGUGAGUCGCGCGCGCGCUUGCCUCGUCGCCCUUGCGCUUGCGCUUGCGAUGCAUCCUGCUGAUCCCUCUUUUAGCGCGUUCAGAUUGUGUGUAUCGCUUUGGACAGGUACCUAUCAACGGAACGCAGAUCGAUUGGGGUUCGACAUGCGGCAACCUUGUAGCCGCGGUAGCAGACUAUUAUCUGUCCAGCGCGAUUGGUUCGUCGCAGAUUUCUGCUUCGCUGCCGCCAUCCUCCCAAGUCAAAGCCGGCGAUACAUGCUCGGCAAUGUUGAGGAUAUUAGCUCAUGAUACAGGCAAGGUCGUCAAGGCUAGAGUACCUGUCUAUUGGGAAGAAGAGAUUGAGAGGUGGAUGCCUUGUACCGAGGGAGAGGCCAGCAUUGCUGGAGUCCCGGGAACAGGCCCAGCUAUCGUCAUCGAGAGCCCGCUGAAGAGCGGCGUACUUCCAACUGGCCGGCCAGUAGACUCGAUCAAGAUGAAUGAAAGUGAAAUCGUGAGUGGAAGUUUGCGUUGCGUAUCUCCUCUAGUCUCAAUCCUGUUCCCCGUCACAGAAAGUCACAGUGACAGAUACGGGCCUUCCGACCAUCUUUGUGGAUGCUCGAGAUCUGCACAUUCCUCUGGCGCAGCUACUGGACCAUCCAUCGGUACUCGAAUCCGACGGCGAGCUGAUGCGUCGCCUAGAAAAGAUCCGUUACGAAGCGAGUCAACUCUCCACUAGCUUGAGCUCUAAAUUUUCUCCACCUGCGCCCAAAAUCUGUCUCGUGCAUCCCAAAGCCGCCUACAAGACCACGGGGGGUCAAAGCAUCGAAGCGUCGGAGAUGGAUGUGCUCAUCAGAGCCUUGAGCAAUGGUGUGAGUAGUGUGCGCGCUCUCUCGCUUCGGCCUUGCGGAGGAUGGGCAAGUAACGCGACCGCAUCCUGCCGCGUCCACAGCAAGUCCACCGAACCGUCCCUGCGACGACGUUGAGCGCUGCCACGGCAGCUCUGUGCUACGAUGACUCUGUCAUCUCGCGCGCAUUUCGAGCUAGCGGAGGACAAAUCAGUCCUUCUUCCUCGCAAGCCACCAGCACCGCUUCUCCUCCAAGCACGUCCACAUUUUUGCAUUCUCCCGACAUCCUUUCUCUAACGGUGGGUCAACCAGCAGGUCUAUCUACCGCCUCUGCCAAGACAUCACAUGUCGCUGCGUCGCGCUCAGAUCAAAAAAGGUCCGCCGAACCGACAGCGAUCGUGAUGACGCGAACAGCUAGGAGGAUCAUGCAGGGAAACAUUCUCGUGCCUGCAGCAAUAGCCAGACCGUUCAAGGGCUGGCACAAUUUCAUGCCUCUGACGCCACGCCAACAUUUGUACGAGACGCCUUUUGAGGAGGGAGCGGAUGGGAGUGACGACUUGGGGCGAGAUGGGCAAGCAGGGCCCAACGCAGAGCAAAAGAGAGUCGCGGACAUGAGACGAUGGUUUGGCAGUUCUGUCUCGCCUGAACGAGGAGACUUGGAAGCUCGCGAAGAGGACGGCGUGUCGAGGAUCGCGUGA